AUGACACAAAUUCAGGGGCUUCCCAUAGAGCUCCUAGAUCUCAUUUUCUCUUUUCUUGUCCCUCCCGACGAUGAUCUCGACCGGCCGAUGGAAUAUCAAACCACGAAAGCCAAAGAUGGCAAUGAGAAGGAAUUGAAUGACGAAGAAGAUGACGAUGAUGCACCUGAUGAGAUUGAGACUCUGCGCAAUGUUUGCCUAGUUUCGCGAAAGUUCCGCGAGGUCGCCCAGCCUUUGCUCUUCCGUGAGCUUACUGAUGAUGGUAUGGCCGGUGAUCUAAGCCCGACCAUUCCGUUCACCAGAACAAUUUAUCGUCGUCCAGAUCUCGGAAAGCAUGUGCAGCAAAUCACCGUCCUGCCUCUCCCGUUUCACCUAGGUGGUUCCGGUUCUCUUGCCGCAGAGGAUUUCGAGUUCUUCAAAGGCAUAAUUAAGGACCUCAAACUGGCCGAGGGGGAGGAAACAUGGAUUUCGGCUCUGGAAAAAUCCGACCUCAGCAUUUUCGCAGCAUUACUAGCCAACAAGGCUCCCAAUCUUCGUGGGCUAUAUGUGCCUGUGCGCCAAUUCUCGAUCCAGCCAUUCAUCCAGCUUUUCAGCCACAAUCCGGAGUUUUUGUCGAACCUAGAGUCUAUCUGGAUUGAAAGUGACGACGAAAUGUCCGGCUUCGAUAUUGCUUCCUACGAGAAAUUCGUCACCCUUCCCAAGGUCAUACUUUCAACCUUUGAGUACGGUGAUCUCUUCGAAGAAUCGUUCCCAUCUACUUGGCUACCUGGAACAUUGUUGACAGAGGAACUUGCCUUCCACCACUGCCACAUCGAUGCAGGUGCCCUCAAAAAGCUCAUGCAAGCGUGCAAGAAGCUGAAAUCCUUUACGUACAACAAUUUCAGCUUGGACCCUAAUGACCGACGGAUCAUGCGUGUGGGGACAGUGCCCGAGUUUAACGCCAAGGAAGCUCACGAAGCCGCCCUCCUACAUAAAGACACACUCGAGCUCUUCCACCUCGAGUACGCAAUGGAAUUACCCGACGUCGAUGAUAUCGAGCAACUUGUUUCCAGCCACGUCAAGGUUGGCUCAUUCCGCGAGUUCUCUGCACUCGAGACAAUCCUCAUCCCACAUGCUGCCCUUCCUCCACACCCUCAAUUCCCCAGCUCUCUAGAGACACUCCAUAUCACCGACUGCAACUCGUCUAUCCGGGAGUUGACUCAGAACAUCGCGACAGAUUGUAAAAAUGGUCUUUAUCCCAAGUUGACUAGCGUCAAGGUAUUCGCAAUCGACAUCACACAGCCUAUUAAGCUUCCUGGGCAACGUAUUCCGGAAGGGAAGACACCAGAGCAAUGUUUCCUUGCUCUGAAGGAGAUGUUCAAAGGAACCAAAGUGAAUUUCCAGAUCUUGCCAUAUGAAUUACCUGAUUUUGAUGAUUACGGUGAUCUCGACGAUUAUGAUGAAGAUCUUGGUUAUGAGGAAGAUUUUGACGAAGCCGGGUCCGAUGAAGAAGCAGAUCCUGACAUAGAUGCAAUUCCACCACGGAUUUUGGAUCUAAUUAUGCAGCGGGCUAUGAUGGACCCUGAAUUUGCACACCUUCGCCCUGAUGCGGAGAGUGAUGAUGAUUCUUGGGAAACUGAGGACAGUGAUUGA